AUGGCAGCUGAGGACUUCGUCCCAACGCUGUGUGACAUCGCGCUGAAAGGAGGCAGCAAGGAUGUACAGCGUGUGGCGGCUGGCGUCCUGAGCACCACUGUUGUGAGGCCGACCUGUCGCGACAUCGUCUUCACUGGAUCCUCUUUGCAAGAUGUUCUUCGGGUGGUGCUGGACUCGAAGAUGCCGGAAGUCUACACUCAGGUCCUUUGGGCCAUCUCAUAUUUUCCGCUCGGCGACGAGUUCGUUCUACCUCUUUUGGAGAAUCACGUGAUCGAGCGCAUGAAGCAGAUGUUGACUGAAGACCAUGUAGGAGUUCAGACGCAAGCGCGAGCUACCAUCGUACAGCUGAGCGCCAACAAGCAGCUGCGAAACCGUUUUAUCGAAUUGGGCUUCCUCCCCCUGCUUGUAGCUCGUACCAGCACUCAUGAUCUGUCGUGCUGCGAGGCGAGCAUCCUUGCCAUGCAAACACUGAGUGAUUCGCCAAUACUCUCGGCGUCGCUCCUCGACUUUGGCGUGGAGCUCAAGCUCCAGGAGAUUCUCCAUGAGUGUCUCCAGCACGAAAGCAAACUUCUUUCCAUCUCCUCCGCCGCUGGUUCACGGACGUCACUGAAGGACGAAACAGAGAGCGGGCCUUUUUGCGCGACUCCGCUCUCCGCGCCAAGCGAUGACAUUAGGCAUUGCUCGAGUCCACACACAGUCCAAGAGAUCCCUCGAGAGCUGGAAGCAGCCAGAAGCGCAGCGCUUGGCCUGCUUUGUCAGCUUUCUAACCACGCUGUUCAAGAACAACUGGCUAUGUUGGACGACGCAACAGUGACUAUGGUGAUCAACUGUAUUGCGGGGGCGCGGAUUCGAGCGAUUGAAGAGAAGCGGUCUGCAGCCUUGUUGCUCAGGCUCUGGGCUGGAGUCGAGCGGACGCGGAAACUCUUGCUGUCCCACGGCGUCAUCGCGGUACUACUGCAACUCAUUCUUUCGACAGAAGAACCAACCGUGAUGCACCAACUGGCCUGGAGCAUUGGCAACAUUGCUCUGGGGGAGAGCAGCACGCAAGUGGAAACUCAGCUGGCCGAAGCCGGCGCGGUAGAUGCUCUCCUUUACUACACCACAUCUAUGCAUGAAGAGGUACGACGACGAGCGCAGUGGGCCCUCGGCAUGCUUGACGAAGAGACGCUGAAGUAUAAUGCCAUCCUCGCAAGCAGGAGCAGCGAGGCCCUAGGUCUUCCGGAGCUUCUCCGCCGCCAGCGGGAGUUACUGAGACGAAGAUGGCAGUGCAAGAAUGACCGCGCUGCCCAAGCUUCCAGCGACUCUGCGCCAAAGCUACAGACGCAGCAGGUGCUUCCAGCUGCCCCUUGUUCUCGUAUGAAUCAUUUGGCCGGCGCAGAGCCCGAGGGAGCAGCCGAUGACGUCUGCAGAGUCGAUGUAGAUUUCGCGAGGUCUGAAGCUGGAGCUCUGGAGAACGAUGGGAGGCUCAUCUCCCAUACUGGACUUCGUGUGCGGGCGAAGAGUGAUAGUAUAGAGAACUUGCAGGGGUCAGUCAGGCACUGUAGUGUUUGCUGCUCCCGGGAGGCCCUCUAA